UCCACCCAUAUAUUCCAACGCGUUACGAGCACUGCUAGCAUCUCAGCAUCAAGCCGGACUGAAGUGCCUUCCAUAGUUAGCGCUUAUGGCGUUAAAACUGUUAGGCAGAACACUGCACCCUCGAAUACGCCCCCGCCCCGGCUGUUAAUAGAGUUGAGGGGCCCCACAAUCCGCAUAUGAGCCCCAUCACCAUGUGUCUGCAUCUAAGCAACAGUUCUGAACGUCUCUUUCUCCAUCAUUUUGUUGGAAAGGAAAUCUCCGAUUGGUUAUUCCACACGUUUAUGUUUCUUCACAAUUCGUUUCCAUCCCUAUCAUGUCUUCUUCAGCUCUUCUUCACCACCCCACACUCUCAGUGAAAUUACUUGGUAAACAAUUCCGUGACUCGACAACGACCCAAUAUCGUAACCUCAAGUACGCUACUGUACCUGGACGCUGGCAAGAUUCCGUACCACUGAGAAAUCUAAAGUCGCACGCUGAUCUCAAAACCGGCGUAUACAACGCCACAGCGUUCGGGCCAUCCUGUCCUCACAAACGCGGAGCACAAGCUUGGGAUGUCUCUCUCAUUGGAGAUGUCAAUCUGGAGACAGAGCCAGGUCAGGGAGUAGACGAAAAUAUGGACGAAUUCGAAUGUCUACACGUCAACGUCACGGUACCCAAAGGCCUUAAUGGAAAGGAUCCCAUACCGGUUUUCGCAUGGGUGCACGGCGGAGGAUUAAGUAUGGGGAGUAAUUCGUGGCCACAGUACGACCUGCGCCGAUUCGUCGAGAGAAGUGUGGAAAUAGGCAAACCUAUCAUCGGCGUAAGUAUAAAUUACCGUACCAAUGUUUUUGGGUUCCUGGCAAGUAAGGAUAUUACCUCCACGGGGAACUAUGGGUACAAGGAUCAGGUACUCGCGUUUCUUUGGAUCCGCGAGCACAUAGCGGGAUUUUGUGGAGAUCCAAAUAAUGUAACUGCUGCAGGGGAGUCGGCUGGUGGAAUCAGUCUAAGUACGUUGCUAUGCGCCGAAUUGGAUCCGGACAAAUCCUUAUUUGAUAGAGUCGUGAUCAUGUCGGGAGAAGUGUCAUUGAGAAAACCGAGGGGUUGGAGAUGGCAUGAAGAAAUGUACAAGGAUCAAUCGAAGUAUCUGAAUCGGGACAAAUCGAAGACUCUGGGCCAUUCCAGACUGUUGAUGGAGCUAGGUGCAGAAGAAUUGGCCCAAAGGUUACCUCUGGCGCAGCAUUUUUGCGGACUUGUAGAUGGAGUCUGGCUAAACACCGACGGGAACAUAGGUGUCUUGGGAGAUGGAAGCAAUGAAGUGCAUAAACGUCAUUGGUGCAAAGACUUCGUGGUUGGAGAUACAGCAGAUGAUGGAACCGUUCUAAAAGGCCGGAUCCUCGACAAUCCAGCAGCUUUAACACGUCUUCAGGCACUCUGUGCACAGCAUCUCUCCAAAUCAGAAAUGGCAGCAUUAUUUUCUGCUUACAAUAUCCCAACACAAUCAUCAUCAUCGUGGUCGCCACCGAAGGACUCACGGGAGCUGCCCCAGGCUCUCCGAAAUUUAGCUUCGGAGCUUCGUUUCUAUCUCCCUGCUUUAACGGUACACAGUGGCUGGAAGGCACAUCAUCCUCAUGGUCGAGUUGGGCGAUAUCACUUCCACCUACAGAAUCCAAUUAAUGGCACAUUUCAUGGCUUAUCUAGCCAUGAACUCGACGUGGCGUUCCUCCUACAAAACUUCAAUCAUUAUUUUGACGCUCAUUGCCAAAACGCGGCGAAGCAGAUGGCUGAUCAUUUCAUUGGGUUUACGAAUGGAGAAAAGUGGAGCGCUGAUGGGGGAGUUGUCGUGUUUAGUGAUUUUUCGAAGGCAAAGAAAGUCCAAGUGUUUGAAGAAGAUGAUUAUGAUGAUAUCUUCAGAUCUGGAAGAGGAAGGGUUUUGCGUGCCAUUGGAGCAGUAAAGCUGUGGCAAAUUGCGGAGGGUUGGCAAGAGGUGCGAGCGGACAUUGAAGACGAGCAUUCAAGGAAAGUUUCUCGAUUGUAG